AAGGGGCGCCACGCCUGCUCUUUCCUCCUCCUCCUUUUCCCCGGAGGCUGGCGACGAAGUCACCGCCUCUCGCUCAGCUUCAUCACAAGGAGGAGGCAGCCGGGCCUGGAAGCAGCAGCAGCAGCAGGAGGAGGAGGAGGACGCCCGGAGGCUGAGGGAAGUAGAGCUCGACGCCCUCCUCGGAUCGCUCUCUCCUGCGGGGGCUCUUGGGGUCUCCGGCCGAGAUGCCUUCCGACCGGCCUUUCAAGCAGCGGCGGAGCUUCUCGGAUCGUUGUAAAGAGGUGCAGCAGAUCCGAGAACAACAUCCAAACAAAAUUCCUCUGAUAAAAUCAUUUAAAUGAAGCUGCCAUCUGGAUGUAUUAGAAUUCCAUCUAUCAGUUGCAGUUCAUGGAAGCAAUUAAAUAACAUUACCAUUACUAUGAAGACCUCUGCUGUUUGCAUACAACCUCCUCUCUUCUUGUUCUGUUCACUUUACUGGAACAAAAGAACCAAGUGGAAUGUCAUUAUUGAAAGAUACAAGGGGGAGAAGCAGCUUCCUGUGCUGGAUAAGACCAAAUUCUUAGUUCCUGACCAUGUCAAUAUGAGUGAAUUGGUAAAAAUAAUCAGACGUCGGCUGCAACUGAAUCCAACCCAGGCUUUCUUCCUGUUGGUGAACCAGCACAGCAUGGUGAGUGUUUCCACCCCUAUCUCUGAGAUAUAUGAACAAGAGAAGGAUGAAGAUGGCUUCCUCUACAUGGUCUAUGCCUCGCAAGAAACUUUUGGCUACUGAUACACAUCAACAUCAUCGUCUUUAUCAGAGGACUGACUCCAAACUGUUGCAUCAACAUCCCUGCCUCCCCAACACUCCUCACCUUGGAAAGAGAGGCAUGUGACUCAGGAGGGGCACAAACGCAACCUCCCAACUUCACAGUGCAACAGACCAAGAUAGUUUGGGAGGAUGUGUGUAUAUGUGUGUGUGUGUGUGUGGAACCCAGCCCCCCUCUGCCUUUGCCUAUUGUGUGCAGCAUUUACUGCUCCCUCCCACUUUCCUUGCUGCACCUUCUCUGUCUCUCUUUUGUGCUCUCUUAUUAUGUCUUUCUUGGUUUCUUAGUCCAAUGCCAAACUGGUGGAGCUUUUAGAAGGCUGAGGACACAAAAAGAAACAGCGUCCUCACCUGCUGGGGCAUGGGGAUGGGCUUGUCCACUAAACUUUUCUA